GUGCAGAUCUGCUUCAUCUUCAACUUUUUGCCUUUCAAUCCUCUCCUUCUAUCCCUCCCUUCACCUUCCGUUCGUUGUAAUCGCGGAGGUGGUGAGCGUGUGCACACUUGUGGAUGACAGGUGUAAACAAUGCUCACCAGAAAUGCGGUUCGCCGACAACAACGCUACACAGCUAGCAGUCUUGCCGCAGCUUUUGCACAGCUCAAUUUGCCUUGGCUAGCACCGGCGCAAGUGCAAUGGCAGGCAUCGCAUGCCACCCAUACCUCGACCGCUCCUCAUAGCCCCCGACGGCGACGAUCAUCCGCUUCAAAAUCCAGCGCACCGAGGACACGUGCGCUUGCCACCGCGGCCGAUCAGUACUCACCUCGCCAUGCUACCCUCUAUCCGCCACCCGGCUACGACAAUGCGUUCCGCAACUCGAAUCAGGAUCGCAACAUCCCCUGGGAUGCUUCGCCCCAAUCGACAUCCAAGCUAUCGAGCCUUCGGCCGGCAAACGACCCGAUCAUCCUUGACUGGACUACAAAGAGCCCCGAUGCGACUGUCAAAGUUUCACAUGGUAUUCAGGGAACAGCUGUAGACUUGUUGCAGCAUCUCCAUACGUUUCUGCAGAUUGGGAGGACCAGCACGGCCGAGGUCAUCAUCAAACGAAUCGCCGAACUCUGUCCGACCACUUCUGCGGAGCUCCUCCACGCGCACACGAUCUAUCUCGAACAUGGCUUGCGACGCAUGUCGCGCAUCGGGAUGGAUCAGGAGGAACGCGAAGAGCAAUGGAGACAAAUGCAGAGAUGGUUUGAUGGAGAAGUUCGAGGGAAAGAUACUUUGGUUGAUGCGAAAUUAUUGGUGGUCAUGAUCCGGGCAUCGCUACGAGCAUUGACUGGGCCGCAGCUGGAGACAAUUGUGCACAGCUACGUCUCCAUGGCCGAGCAGCUCGACGAGGAGGAUUAUUACGAGGUGCUUGAGUCGGAAGAGUAUGACGACUCGGAGUUUGCGCUUCUGACUGAGUUGCUCGAGGGCGAGGCGGCAAUCGCUGAGACCGGGGCUCCCACAGCUGCAUUCGAGCCUCUUCGGGAUGGCCAACGUCCACAAUACCGCAGGAGCGAUCCCUUGUCGAUGGAGCAGCUGCCAGAUGUCCGCCCCACCGAACAGCGCGGUGGUGGACUAGCCGAUGUCAAGCGGUCUCUGCAAGAUCUACGAGCCAACCCUUCUCUCUCCGCCGACGCAGCCAUAGAGGAGCAGCAUGAAGCGGCAUUCAAGCGUCAAAAGAUACUCGAGGAGACCGCGGUCGAAGUGGCCGUUGAUCGGUGGAGGCGAGCUGAUGAGGAACUGCGGCGGAUCGGAAUACACUCUGCGUUGCAAAGUCGACCUGUGAGCGCGCUCAUGUGGCAGUGGUACUCCGCUCUCCUGCCGUUGCUUAAGGCGGAAUUGCUCGAGUGCAAAAAGGCCUUGAGCCAGCCUGAUAAAACCGACCACGAUCGAUACCACUAUGGCCCAUACCUGGAGCUCUUGCCACCGGAGAAGAUCGCAGCCAGCACCAUUUUGUAUGUUUUGAACAGAAUGAACGGCGCCAAAAGGAACUAUGGAAAGGCGUACGAGACGGAAGUCAAGCUGGGCAUGCUGACCAUCGGGCUGGCGAGAGAGAUUGAAGAGGAGUGUAUGGCCGGAUCAUCGAAGCAGAACAGGCGUUUCGGAAAGCACCACUCUCGAAACCUCCGCAAAGGCAAGCAAAGCAAGCAGCUCGCGAGCGACAGCGGCAAGAAGAUGUCAAAGGCUGAAGCACGGAGACAAACACUGCUUGGACAGCUGGGAUGGCCCCUUGAUGCCAGAGUCAAGCUUGGCGCGUUCCUAGUUUCAAAGCUCAUCGAGUCCGCGCAACUGCCAGUGACCAGAAAGCAUCCAAGGACGGGAGAGACGGUCACCCAGCUGCAGCCAGCCUUCCUACAUCGCACCAAAUUCGAGAAGGGAAAGCGACAAGGCCUUGUUUGUCCCAAUCCGGCACUCAUGGAGAAGAUCGUGAGCGAACCACUAGGCGGCCUACUUGCGAAACGAAUGCCCAUGCUGGUGGAGCCCAAGCCGUGGAAGGGCUGGAAUGAGGGCGGCUACCUCCACUACUCGAACCCGAUUCUUCGCCUGCCCAGUGGGGACCGGAGCGGGAAAGACUACUUCAUCGCUGCAAAUAAGAAGGGCGACAUGAGCCAGAUAUACGCUGGCCUCACUGCUCUCGGGUCGGUGCCAUGGAAGAUUCACCACGGAGUGUUCAAGGUACAGCUGGAAGCUUGGAACUCGGGCGAGGAGGUUGCAAACUUCGCCCCUCUUCAUCCAGCCCUGGACGUGCCGAAGCUUCCGGAAGCAGCAGAUGGACAGACUCGACGGAAAUGGCUCCUGGAGAUGCGGGAAGUGGAGAACAAACGCUCAGGCUUGCACUCGAAGAGGUGUUUCCAGAACUUCCAGCUUGAGAUUGCGAGGACAAUGGUCAACGAGACAUUGUACUUCCCGCACAGCCUGGACUUUCGUGGACGAGCGUAUCCCAUCCCACCGUACAUGAACCACAUGGGUGCCGACAACGUUAGAGGCUUGCUUGUAUUUGCUAAUGGCAAGGAGCUGGGACCGAAUGGAUUGAGGUGGCUGAAGAUACACCUAGCUACGGUUGCAGGUCAUGACAAGGCCAGCAUGGCAGAGCGUAUCGAGUUCACCAUGUCGCACCUCGACGACAUCUACGACUCCGUGCGCAAUCCACUCAACGGCAAAAGAUGGUGGCUCAAGGCCGAAGACGCAUGGCAGACGCUCGCAGCAUGCUAUGAAUUGACAGCAGCCCUCGACUCGCCCGAUCCGACCAAGUUUGUGUCACAUCUUCCUAUCCAACAAGACGGCACUUGUAAUGGACUGCAACAUUACGCCGCACUCGGAGGAGAUCCCGCGGGCGCUGCACAGGUCAACCUCGAGCCCGGCGAUCGCCCCGCUGAUGUGUACACUGCGGUCAUGACUGCUGUGGUAGACGAAGUUCGCAAAGACGCCGCAGCUGGGAACCUCAUCGCACAGAAGCUUGAUGGCCGUAUCACGCGGAAGUGCGUCAAGCAGCCCGUCAUGACCAACGUGUACGGCGUGACGUUCUUCGGUGCCAAGGAGCAGGUGUUCCGGCAGCUGGAGGUCUUGUUUCCAGAAGUCAAGGCGUUUGAUGCCGUGAAUCUGGGGAACAUGUCGCAGUACAUCGCCACCAAAAUCUUCAAAUCCCUGGGCGAGAUGUUCGAAGGCGCGCAAGCCAUUCAGCAUUGGCUGGGCGUGUGCGCCGACCGCAUCUCUACUUGCAUCACCCCACAGCAGAUUGCCGACCUCACCAAACUCGCAGACGGCGAGAUGGCGAAGAAGGCCGGGUCUACGAAGGAUGCUGAUGCCAAAUCCGACGCCAAACCAACCACCAAAAAGAGAGCCAAGAAGCGGAAGGAGACGUCGCAGCUGGAAGCCCUCGCUCAUCAAUCUACAGGCACCAGUGCAUCCAACGCUGCGCAGACCAAGACGGCGAAACCCUUGUUCAAGUCGACUGUGGUAUGGACGACCCCUCUAAGGCUGCCCGUUGUUCAGCCGUAUCGCAGCCUGGCCGUCCGCCCGAUCCAAACCAGCCUGCAACGCAUUCAAAUCUCGGAUCCUCAAGUCUGGCAUCCCGUCAGCAAGCGCAAGCAACUGCAGGCCUUCCCGCCCAACUUCAUCCACUCGCUGGACGCCACGCAUAUGCUCCUCAGCGCGCUCAAGUGCAAGGAAGUCGGCAUGACGUUCGCCAGCAUCCACGACUCCUUUUGGACGCACGCAUGCGAUGUCGACAGGCUCAGCAUGAUCCUCCGCGACGCGUUCAUCGAAAUGCACAAGGACAACGUGGUGGGCAGGCUGCGGGAGGAGUUUCAGACGCGCUACAAGGGCUGCAUGUACCUCGCUUCUGUCGUGGCGAACAGCCCUGUCGGAAAGAAGAUCACCAAGCUGAGGAAGGAAAAGCAUCGGCAGAUGGGCAGUGGAGAGCUGGCGGCGGAAGUGGAACGCUUGCGUUUGCUCGACAGCGCGGAUCCCGAAGAGCGCAAGCGCGGCGAGGCUAUGGUGACACCCGGCAGCGUUCUGGCGAAGUUUGGGGAUGAGGCGAUCGCCGAGCCGGAAAUCAGGCCGCAUCAACUUGGCACUAUUCUAGAAGGCAAGGACAACGCGGCGGAUGGCGAGUCGGAUCUCGUCGCCGCUGCGGAAGACGACGGCACGGCCGCCACGAACGCGAGCGCGGACGAGACCACACAAGCGUUCGAGGCUCAGGAUGCCAGUGAGCAGGGCGGCGAGGGGAAGCCGGCUAAGCCAAAGGCUCAUACCUUGCGCAAGCUCUACGUCUGGCAGCCGCUUACGUUUCCUGAGAUCCCGCCUCGUGGCAGCUUUGAUGUGCGGAAGAUUCGCGAUAGUGCUUAUUUCUUUCAUUGAGUUUUGGAGCAUGGCAUAGCGAAGGUGUCUGAACGGGAGCAUAGGGAUAUCCCGAUAGGUGCCAUGUGCCCCUUAGUGUAUUGUAUGUACGAUCAAGACCGUCGAUCAUCGAAGCCAA